UCGAAUCGCGGAAGGAUAAUGGUCAGAUACGUCACAUGCGCGAUGAACAGGGCGAUGCAGAGGGUCGCCCACGGAAUGAGAAGAGGGUGGACUGUGCGGUGUGCCGGCGCAUCGUACAAGUGGUAUAG